AUGGUCAAUAAAAUCAAGUGUCGCUAUUGCAAUAAACUUAUGCUUAGCGUGGCUCAAUUAAAACGACAUGUUCAACAGCAUACUGGAAUUAAAUCUCAUCGAUGCAAGAUAUGCGGAAAAACUUUUAAAAGUUACUGUAACUACAGAAAGCAUACAUGGACCCAUCGACAAAGCGGAAUACAGUGUCCUGAAUGUCAUCGCUAUUUCAAAUCAGAAAAGACGUUAAGAUCACAUUCCAUCCUACAUUCUACUCAAGUUGCUAUUUAUUGUUCAUUAUGUCAUCGUAGUUUAAAAAAUCUAUCAGGAUUUAAAAUACAUCUAAAAAAAUUACAC